AAAAAAAUAUAUCUCUUUGCUUGGUGGAACUUGUGGGAGAGGGUGAUUGGGGUCGGGGGAGAUGGAGGAGAGGAUGCGGUGAUGGGUGAGGGCGCAGGGCCUGAGCAGUGAUUACACAGCCUGCGCCAUAAGCCCUCCCCUGAGCAACAUAACCCCAGAUUUGUCUGUUUUUACCACGAUGGAGACUGCACUGAAAGAACAACUGAUCUUUGCUGCACAGAAAACCUUAAGAAUAAAACAAAAAAAGAAUUUUUCUUCAUCAUGUUGCUUGAAUCUCUUUGCUGAGGUCCUAGCUGUGGAUUUGGAAUUGAAACCCACUUUCCUGUUUGAUUACAGUCCAGCAAAAGCAGAACAGGUGCAGAACUACAUCCAGGAGGUACAGAAGACCAGGCUUCUUUCUCAACAUUUACAUAUCCUUAGCAUUGAAGAAAACGUACUGAUAAUAAACUUAAACAAAGCCAUCAGACAUUUGGAAAGAACACUGCAAGAAAAUAGGGUUCCAAUAAUUGAUGUUUCUGCAGAUAGGUCCAGUCCAAGAGUAGCUGAGACAUGCAUUAGUAACCAAGUGAAGGCCCAGUUGGAUCUAAUUUUGAAGCAUUUGAAAUCCCAAGUAGUUCAAAGAGGAAGAUGUGAAUCAGGUGUUGUUAGUGCAAGUAAAAUUUUCUCUUCAGAGUGGAAUUUAUGCACAAUAUUUGGAUUUCUCCUUGGGUUUCCGAUUUCCUACUGGUUUGAUUUUAAUAAAACUUUUGAGAAUUGUUUGAGCAUGACUGAGCUUCGGGUUUUCUCUGCCUCUGCUUUUUGUCACCGAAUCACUAAAAACCUCAAGCAUCAAAUGUAUUCAUUCAGUAUCCCGGAAGUCCUUUACUUGGAGUUACAGAGCGCUGUAGAAAGUUGGAAUAGAGAUCUUCAGUCAGACUUUACCAAGCAGUCCAAUUUCUCUGAACUCAGUUUUUCCACAGAGAUAACCUGUCAGCCUGCAAUUACACUUUAAAUAUUAUGUGCAAAUUGAAUAUUGUCAUUUGGUAAUUAAUUAAUUUUAAGAUAAAUAGUGUUAAGAAGAUAAACACGAUGCUGGAAAUAUGAUACAAUAACAGAAAAUGCUGAGAGUUGAGCAGGUUAGACAGUAUCUGUGAACUUCUGACAAUACAUCAUAAGACCUCUCUGGGAAUGCUGCCUCACCAGUUUGUUUUUUAUGUCCACUUAAUGGCAAUUCCUUUUUUUUUGCAAGUGCAACAUUGUUUGUACCAGUCACAAAGUCUGCAUUGGUACAAUAAUAACUCAUGAAAUCAUAAAACCUGUGAAAAUUGUCAAUGUCCAAAACUAAUUAUAGACAUAUUUAUGAAAUUCAACAAUGAAUAUUGCAACAGUUGACAGAUUUUCUGAUUUCUACUCAAGCUGUGCAACUCCCAAAGCAUUUAGUCUAUUUGAUAACUCGUAAAUGCAACAGAAAUAUUGAGAUGUUUUCAUCUUUGACAAGCACUAAUAUUGUUCUAAUUAUAUUUACUGUUACUAUAUUUUUGAUAUGUUUGUGAAGCAAGGCACUUGUAUUAAAUUUCUUAGAUUGUCCAUCCAUAUUAUAAAUGAAUUGGUGCCUUUUAUUUGUCAUCUGAUUUGAAUCUUCAUGAUUCAAACAUUUCUGCCUUCACUGAAGUGAUUGGAAAAGCAUGCUAAAUGCUGAUCUCUGUGUAUAUAGAAUUUCUUAACAUAGUCCUCAAACAGCCUUGUCCCAGUUUCAACCAAUGUCCCAUUAUUCUGAGGUGGUUCUCUGGAGUCUUUUGACUUCCAGUGCAAUCUGUUGGCUCUCUCAAGAUACCUUGAGAUGUUGGUGGACCACCUUGAGCUCUUAAACAUUUGAAGAGGCUCUCUGGAUUUAUGCUUUUUUAACAUAAGCAUUAACGUGUGUACUUCUGAAGAGAUAGUAGAGAUAUUUCAGCCAUUUUGUUCCAGGAUUUCCAGCCAUUCAUGCAUUGAAAAGCCAAGAAGGGACCAGUUCAGAAAUUCACAGCCUAUGCCAUGUUACCAGAUGUUUUCUUUACAAGACAUGCUGUAACACAACAAUUGCAAUAGCAGCCACUGUUAUUUCUAAUUCCACCUGUGUUGUGGCAAUUUGCCCAUUUGAGAAACAGAAGCCGUUGGUGAAUUGGUACUUUUCCAGUUCACUGCCUGAAAACGGUCCUUGUAAUUUAUUUACUGAAAUGCAGCAAAAUGCUGUUUUUUUUUAUGUGGAUGAGAGAUAAGCCUAGAGUGUGCCACAAUCAUGUAAGGAUCAAAAUCCCGUCCUUUCAUGGUAGGCUGGACUAAAAUACUGGACUGAUAUUAGAUAUUAGUGGAAAAUAUGCAUAUGUAAACUUAAUUUUAGUUAUCUGUACUCCAGUGGUUAAAGCCUCUGUACAACAUUACUAUUUUGUUUGUCUAUAUUUGUUUUGCUGUUGCGAUUGAAUUAAUCUUGUUUCAAGUCUGUGAAGUAGAAUUGGGCUUUCACAAUCAGCUGCACGAUGGUGAGCAGAGCUUAAUCUAAUGCAUGUUAAAGUUGUUUUGAAAAUAUUGUAUAUAUAGUAUAUAAUAUCUCCUGAUGCUUGUCUGAUCUACAGUUGAACCAGGAUGCGUAACUUCUGUAGACAACCGUAGCCCAACUACAGGUGACAAUCUACUUUAAGUUCAGAAUUGCCUACAUUGUUUUUUUUAACAACCAUGGAAUAGUGUAGCUUAGAUGGGCUUGAGAUCGGUAUGACAGGUCAGCACAACAUCGAGGGCCGAAGGGCCUGUACUGUGCUGUAAUGUUCUAUGUUCUAUGAUUAUUCACUUAAAGUCAUGUGGAUCAAAUGUAUCUCAACUGACCUCUCAGCUUCCACUAGAGGGGGCUAAACUUCAGAACCUACAGUAAAAACCAAAAAAAGUGCGGAUGCAGGAGUUCUUCAGGAAAGACCAUAACGUUAACUCUUAUUUCUCUCCACACAUGCUGCCAGAUUGCUAAGUUUUUCCAGCAAUUUCUGUUUUUGUUCCAGAACGACAGAUUGGGUUUACAGAGUUCAUCUAGCCUUCCCAACCCAACGGAAGUAAGGCAGUCAACGAUAUUCUUCCUGUUGGUUUGAAAUAUAAUUGUUUCUUAACUAGCUUAUAAUUUUUCCAAUAUUAUAAAGUUCUAGGUGAAAUUCCUCAUAAAAUAUUUCCCCACCAAAGAGAAUGAGGAGGGAUUACUGAGUGCUUGAUCCUGAAGAUUAGAUGAGACAAUUUAAAUGUUAGUAAACUGAAAUGUAAUUCUACAAAAAGGCAUGUAGUUUUGGUUGUUUUACAAAUAAUGUAAAUUGCAAAGCUAAUAAAAUCCUAAAUCCUUGUCCGUUUUGCUACAAGCAAAUCCAAAUGUUGACCUCUACUUAAUACAAAUACAAGUCUUUAAUGGAAAGCAAGGGUAUCCAUCAAACAUCACAAUUAUCUUUGCCCUUGCGAGUGUGAGAUCUGUUAGGUUCAUACAGAAUGAAGUGGACAUAACCUAUACCAAUGUGCUUCCCCACCGAAUCUAAUUAACGUUGAGAUAUUUAUAUAUUUUUUGUCACAUACAGUUGGAAGAAGUGGUGUAAGAAAGAUCAAAAGGAUCAUUCCUAAACAUUAGAGAUAUCAAGGUGUCGAGCUGGUUGAACACAGCAGGCCAAGCAGCAUCAGAGGAGCAGGAAGGCUGACGUUUCGGGGCGUAGACCCUUCCUCAGAAAAGCCCAUUCCUAAACAUUAUCCUGCAUUUGGUGAGAGGGCUUUCCCAUUGUGAUUAGGUUUCCCAUUCAGUUUUCAAGAAACAUUCCCUUAAUUUAUCCUUGAAAUUUAUCUUUGGGAAUAAACAGUCACAUUGGUCAACCUGUUUGGUUAUGGUACUGUGUCCAGUUAGAUAAUGCUGUGCCCAGCAUUUCUUUAUCAGAUUGUGGUUUAACACAGUUAGCAUUGUACGCUAAUACUGGUUGUCAUCGGAAGGAUCACUAGGGUAGUGGCUUUUGACUGUGUAUAAUCGUUAUCAGCAAGUGUGCAUUGUUGUGAAGGGAAUGGACAAUGCAACGCCCGGUUAAUUUUGUCUUUAGCGGAACGCAGCUUGCUUGUAGGGUAUUAUAAAAAUUAACUUACAAUUUCUUGCAUUAAUCUAAUCAAUUUUAAUUCUUCUUAUUUCACAAAAUUGUCUUCCGGCAUUUUUCUUCAUUUAUGUUCGCAAGUAAUUUUGAGCAUUGAUCAACGGCAGUACAAAAAUACUGCGAUUGAAGUUGCAACUCAUGCUCACCAAUUUUGUGACUUCAUUCUGGGAUCAUUGUCAUUUUGUUCCCUGUGGGAAAGCCCAUCGAAAAGGCAUGAUUGUUCUAUCCUACUCAGGGGAAUAUUUUCAACACCGUACAAUGUUCUACAACAGCAAUAUUGCAUGCAUUCACAUAUCUUCAAUUAAAAUACAAAUAUUUUAAAGAUGAUUCGUUAAACUAUGACUGAAAAUCAGGAUAACCUUUAUAAUAA